UUUAUAUAUAAAAGCGAAAGUGAAACCACUAAAACUGUUAGUUCUGUUAUACAAAAAAGCUCAGGAAAGCUGGGUAGGAUGAGGGAAGUGUAUAUGAAUGGAGGAAAUAACACAGUAGCACAGGGGUAUGAAUAGAAGAACAGAGCGGAAAGGGGAGGGUGACUCUGGGGAUGAAAAUUAAAAAGAGAAGAAAUUGAGCCGUAAGCAUAGAGUAAGCAAGCGCCCAUGUUACCAGCAGGCCAGACCCACCAUUCCUUUACUGCAGUGAUUAUUCACGUUGCUGAAUGGCCCUGGGGAUGCCCCGGCUCUCCCUUGUCACAAUCUGCAUGUUUGGGAUCUACUGUGCAGGGGCAUCGGAGGAGCCAUGCUAUGGGAACAUCGGGGACAGAGAGGUAUAUGCUCCAUUUGGAGACUGGACUCCGUUAAACUGCACCCACAACUGCACUCUGGCUGCAUGGGAGUCACGAUUAACAAAGAGGAACAUAACUAAGGGACCUGGCUGGGUUUCUGUUGAAGUUGGAGUUGGAGUUACUGAAAAUGAAUGGGGAACAUCAAACAUAAGCUGCACUGUUCUAUCAGGCGGAGAAGCAGUUGAUAACUACGUCACAGUAAUCCCUUAUAAGAUUCCCCGUUUGGUGACGUUAGACAUGGAGGACAUGCUGGAAGAAGGGAAAUCAUACAUUAUCACCUGCACCGUACACGGAGUGGCACCUAUUCAGAACCUCAGGGUCACAAUUCUGAGAGGAAAAGAAGAGAUUUACAAUAAAACAUUUAAGGAUGACUCUCGUGUCGGCAACAUUACAGAAGCAGUAACCUAUCAAAUCACAGCUGAGAGAAGUGACAACAUGGAGGACUUCUCCUGCCAGGCCACCCUUGCACUGGGCACAGUCCCUGGGAACAAAGUACGGUCAUCUAAUAUCCCGGUUAGAACAUUUGGUCUACCGCAAGCACCAUACUUUAAUAAUACCCAUUGGAUAAAGAUUGGAACCAAGGAUACACUCAGUUGUGUAAUGCCAAAUGCUUCUCCCCCUGACAAUGUGACCCUGACAAUGCUCUUCGACAAUACACGUCUCAGUGUGAAUAAAACCAAGAUGGCUGACGGCACAGUGGAAGGACGCGCCACAAUUCCUCCCGAGUAUUUGCUUUCCAUUAACACUUAUCAAGCUCGUUGCAAAGCUGAACUUCUGGGUCUUUCUAGUGAAGACAGCGUGGAUAUUCACAUCUAUGAGCCUGCAAAUAUCAACCUCACUCUCUCUAAUACUGAAGUGCGAUUGGGUGAAACCAUAAGAGCCUCCUGCGUGUUAACCAAUGAGCAUCCAGAUCAAUACAGUGUAGUGAUUGGUUUAAAUGGGGAAGACGUCUGUGAAGACCCAAAGUGGGACUGUAAUGUGACUGUUAAGGGAACAUCCCCUGUGGCAAAUGUUACCUGUAAAGCUUUCCAUAAACGGAAUCAGGGGAUAACGUAUGUAACGCAGCAAUCUGUCCCUGUGAUUGAGCCUGCAAAUAUCAGUCUCACUCUCUCUAAUACUGAAGUGCUAUUGGGUGAAACCAUAAGAGUCUCCUGUGCGCUAACCAAUGAGCAUCCAGAUCAAUACAGUGUAGUGAUUGGUUUAAAUGGGGAAGACGUCUGUGAAGACCCAAAGUGGGACUGUAAUGUGACUGUUAAGGAAACAUCCCCUGUGGCAAAUGUUACCUGUAAAGCUUUCCAUAAACGGAAUCAGGGGAUAACGUAUGUAACGCAGCAAUCUGUCCCUGUGAUUGAGCCUGCAAAUAUCAACCUCACUCUCUCUAAUACUGAAGUGCUAUUGGGUGAAACCAUAAGAGUCUCCUGCGUGCUAACCAAUGAGCAUCCAGAUCAAUACAGUGUAGUGAUUGGUUUAAAUGGGGAAGACGUCUGUGAAGACCCAAAGUGGGACUGUAAUGUGACUGUUAAGGGAACAUCCCCUGUGGCAAAUGUUACCUGUAAAGCUUUCCAUAAACGGAAUCAGAGGAUAACGUAUGUAACGCAGCAAUCUGUCCCUGUGAUUGGUAACAAUGUGUGGGCCUUCCUAUGUAUUGUGGCCUUCGUAUUCACUGGAUUAUUGGCAAUGAUACUAGUAGGGACAGCAGCACUGUAUCUGUGCAGAAGGAAAAGGAAAAGGGAUUCUUACAUCGUGACGCAGAGACGCGCCCUCAGGACUCCCCAGUGCAGAACAGACUCCAUAACCAGCUGAAGGCCAGAAAGCACAGUCAUUUACCUUUGUACUAAGGAAAGGGAAUUCCACACUGUGACCCUGUUGUUCCCAUAGGAGAGGAUCAGCUUUGGGGAAUGUACUUGAGGGGUUAUAGUAGAACAUACCCCCCCAACAUUUGAAAAAUGCAAAGAGAGACAAAAAUAUAUGUGACCACGCCCAUUUUGUGUGACCGCACCCCCUACAUACCACUCCCAUUUAACAAAAUUUGGCAGGUUAAAUAAAGUUUGAACACUUUUCUGGGGGUGUUAUUACAGUUUUGCUAAUGAAGUUAAAAUUGCUGUGAGUCUCAGUUCCCCCAAGAGACCUGUUUAGCUCAUUAGUUACAGUUGUAUCUCAGUGCAGGGGGUGAGUAUUCUGGGCUCUGCCAAAGGCUACUCAUCUAAUUAAGUUUGAGAAACUUUGUAUCUUUUUUGGCAUUCAGUGCAGGAGAUCAAAGGGAAAUGAGGGACUUUUCAAUAAGAAUCCGGGACUGUGGGCUGAGCUGUUAAAACUGGGACUGUCCUGCGAAAAUUGGGACUGGUGGGAGGAAUGGUAGAAUGCAGCAAUUCGUUGUAUCUGGCUGUGGCAGCUAGUGGUUGCUAGGUUCGGUUCACCUUAGCAACCCUUAUUUUCAUACUCAACGUACUCUCAUAUCAAGAAUGGUGAGAGUCACACAGGCAACAAGUGCUGUCAAAAAGGCCCUGUCUGAUGCCAAUAGGAAAUAUACAGUUGACCAUGAAGUCUGCCUAUAAAAUAUAAAUAUAUCUAUUUACUAGCGCAGUUGUAAAAGCCUUAAUUGUCUGAUAAGGGGACACUGAAGGGUCUAUGUAUAUACAUUUUAAAGGAACUGUGAAGUUUGUUUUUCAAACUCUCCUUCCUGGCAGAGAAGCAGCGCUCCAUUACGCCGGGGGGUCAUCUUUGCACUGGGAAUCUGAUUAUCUACCUCACAGAGCAAUAGCUUUUUGGCUGCCGGGGUCAGUGACCCCCAUUUGGAAGCUGGAAAUAGUCAGCAGGGGGCAGCAAAUAAUUCAAAGGUGACCCACCCCAUUAACGGCAGCUCCAUCAGGGAAUCCCACAGGGUUACACAUAGAUCAUUUUACAAGUGUAUAAUGUAAUGUACAGUAAUUUAUCCGUAUGUGUGCCCUGUACAUAUGGCUGGGUGUCUGCUGUUACUUUCUGUAUUUUUAUUCUUAUAAAUAAACAUUUCUGUGUGUCACAGAGCUACACUCGCUC